UGAGGCCGACUCGAAACAAUACGCGACGAAAUAAUACUUGACGAAAACAUGAGCUAUUGCUAUAGCUGUAAUAUAAAACAGUCACAGGAUUAAACGUUAUUAUUUGGAUAAAAGUUUGUCUUCUUACACUAGAGUAAUUACGUGUACGAUUACCCGUACGAAAGAAAUGAUCUGUCCCACACCAGACCACCACAGGAAAAUGGCGACUGUGAAAUAGAUGGAAGACGAAAGUAAGAAAUUAUUCAAUGCAGCGUAUAAAUUGCGCCCUGUUUUCAUCCACACCGCUCAGAGGUCAUGGCAGCAGAAAUGUCAUGUCUGACAGGUGUUGAUGAAGAUGACAAAGAUGCAGAUCCUGAGAUCAAUGCCCUCACACUCCUACAGGAACCAGUGAGAAUGGCGCAAGAAUCCGCUGCUUGCACUGAUUCCUUUGGCAAGCCUUCCCCAAAACAAAACAAUGUCCUUGAUGUUCUGUCAAAUGAAGAUAUGUUGUCUCCGGUUGGCUUGGGAAAUGGACCUUCUUCCCAUCAGGCUACACAGGCCCAUGAACUCAAUAGCAUUUCCUCUGAAAAAGAGGAGGAAAAGAGUAUCACGCCUCUAAAAACUGUACAUGAAAUCGACACUGCAGGAAUUUGGGGAUUUGAUGAGUCACCUGAGAACUCAUUGGAUAAUUUUAGUAGCACCAGUGACUUAAAUUGGGACCCACACAAAGAGUUUAUGCAGUUUCUUUGGGAAAACCAUAGUGAUUCCCCUGGUGAGGAGACUAAAGAGGAAGUCUCUCCUGCUAAUAGCCAAAGGAGAAGGAAACGGAAAAUGGACAUGGUUGUGAUGGUAGAUCCUUCAGAAGACCUUUACCCUGAAUUGAGUCCCAAGUCAUCUGAGGAACUGUCUGAGGCUGAAGGCCAAGAAGAUUCCAUUCCUGUCAGAAAAGUCAGAAAGUCAAGGAAAUUCUCUAAGUCACAGUCAUCACCAACAGGAAAAGUUUCAAAGUAUCCAAAUGGAACAGUAAAGGCCAUCAAGGAAAUUCUUUACAAUGGACCUUCAAGGAAUUCACAUGAGAACAACAUGAAACACGGACUUUCUCCAUUGAAGGGAAGACUCACAAUAAAUUCUCAUUCAGAGGGGAAGCCGUCCUGUUACCCAUGCUCAAAAUGUAAACUCAUAUUCAAGAAAGAACAUCAUUUGCAUCGUCAUAUGAAGUCUCAUGUUGAACCUCCCAAUAUUUCACCAAAGCCCUUCAUAUGCCGAGAGUGUGGCCAGUCUUUCAGACAAAGUGGUUUGCUUAUUGACCACAUGUCCAUCCAUAAGGACAAGAGAACAAGACUUACUGAAGAGAUCAAAGGUGUGAAUGAUCGGAAAAAAGAUGAUAAAAACGCUAAGUUUUUCUGCCCUCAGUGUCCAUUUGGAACAAAUUGCCCUAACACAUUUGUUCAACAUGCAAAGACACAUGAGAAGGACAAGAGAAAGUUUAGAUGUGACAAAUGUAGCUUCAGGACUCUUAGUGAAAAUGACCUUAGGAGACAUGACAUUAUGCAGCACACUGUUAUUACGGUUAGAAAGCAAGUGCAGGAAGAUGAUCAUGGAAUCUUCUCGUGUGAUAUUUGUUCUUAUAGAGCUUUUAGCAAAAAUAUUUUUAAGAAUCACCUUCUCAGACGCCAUCAACAAAGUUUUGAAGAAUAUGAAGCCGCACAGCAUAGAGAGAAAAACGCACAACUAGGUAAGGAGCAGCAAGUGCCUACUUGUAAAACUCCUGUCGAAGAUGCAGAGUUUACAUCUAAAAUCUCUAUCAAAAAUCAGAUUGCCUCUAAAAGAGCUUGUUCACCUAAUGGGUCCAGUGACAUUUCAGACUUAUUCAGAAAUAGCAAGCUUAAGAGAGGCCCCAGGUCUCAAGUAACAGAGUCAAAACUGGACAAAUCUAUUAAUGUUCUCCUGUCUCGACAAAGACAUGGAAAAAAGAGUUUAGAGCAGAAGAAGGAACGCAAUAAUUGUAGUAAACCUGUUCAGGACAGUGACAAAGAUGGUUGUGAUGAGUUGUUUGAAACAUUGACAGUCAAGGAUGAAGAAUCAACUUUAUCCCCAAAUGGCUCCAGUGUGACUAUAGAUCCCUCGACAGUCAAAAAGACACCAUCUAAAAGAAAGAUGUCCACCCCAUAUCGCAACACCUCCGACCAAGACUCAUGCUUUAUCUUACCAAAACCUUUGCCAAGUCCGAAAAAAGUAAAUCCUGAAGAAGUGGCCAACUAUGAUGAAAGGGAUAUUUUCCAGUUUAAAGAUACAGAUGCAAACAGUAACCUUUCUGACAAUGGCAUCAAAAAAGAAAAACAAAACAUCAUUUACACAUAUAGCAGAAGAAUGUCUAUGAGGGGUGCCCUUCAAGCAUCUAAAAGGCUUUUUGAGAAGAUAAAGACUGAAGAGCAAGAACAGAAUGACCCUGAAAUCAAAGAAGAAUGCAUAGAAACAGAAGUGUUUCAAGAAACCUUUGAAGCCCACCAAAUACCAUUGGGAGAAUCCUUCGGAGAUGAUUUGUCAGAGUUGGAAUCGGACCGCAAGAACUGUCCUUAUUGUCCUGCAGUAUUUGAGUCAGGUGUUGGAUUGUCAAAUCACGUCCGAGGGCAUCUUCAUAGGGUAGGGCUCAGCUACAAUGCGCGCCAUGUUGUGCCUCCUGAGCAGGUGGCUUGUCAAGACAGGAGGCCGCGAAUUCGACGGAAGAUGUCAGCAUUACGCCGAUUGAAAAAAGCAUUACAGCUAGAGUCGAACUCUGAGACCGUGAAGAGCAUUCAUUCUUGUCCCUUAUGUGGGGACUCGUUUGACAACAGGACUGGGCAGUCAAACCACAUACGAGGCCACCUCAAAAAGCUUGGUAAAAGCUUUGCAUCAAAAAACAAAUCCCCAUUACUUUUACUACGAGAGCUGAUGAGGGACAAGAAGGAGUUCCAGAGGGCCCUUCAGAUUGUGGGAAAGAGACGGAACCAUUUCCACUAUGGUGCUUCUUCAAAGCUGUCCAGUGCUGAUCGUUUCACAUCGCCCCAUACGGGAAUCACAAAAAGUAAUUCCGAUUCAAGCGUUUGCACUGAAGCCAAACCGCUGAUACCCACCUUUUCUUUAGCAGAAAUUGAAUCUGAACAAAGGCAACAGGAGACGAAUUUGGAUGUUAAAAAUUCGUUCUCAGGCACAACUGCCUUGAUAGGAAUUCUAAAGAAAAGGAAGUGUCAGGAAGAUGCCAGACUAAAGGGAUCCUCUCAGAUAUCCAGAAACAUGAUAACAGUUUCUUCAAACAGUGAACACAAUUCAGGAGCAAAAGUUGCAUCUUCACUGCCAAACCAAAUAUCUGUGAAAUUCUGUCUUUCAGCGAUUGACUGUAAAGCAGUUAGGACACGCUCAAGGCCUGGGUCAAAAAAGAAGACACUGCCCUUAACUCAAACGCCAGAGGAAAUGUACAGGCUUACCUGCAGGUUCUGUGACCUGGUCUUCCAAGGUCCCUUGUCAGUUCAGGAGGACUGGAUAAAACAUUUACAAAGACAC